AUGAGGAUUAAAGUUGAAUACUUGCAGGCUACUUACUUAAAACCACUUAACUACACUUUGGAUGAAUUUGACAUUAUCACAGCCGAUGGAUACAUACUGCAGCUUUUCCAUGUACGCAGCAUAAAUGGAACACAGGAGGGUCCUGUGGUUUAUCUCCAGCACGGUUUAAUGAGCUCCUGCACGGAUUUCUGCGUAACGGGUAAUAAAUCUCUGGUGGUGAGUCUGAUGGAGUCAAACUUUGAUGUUUGGAUGGGAAAUACCAGAGGAAGUUUCUAUUCGAAUAGGCAUAUUAGCCCAUCGGUGACUAGUAGGAAAUUUUGGAAGUUUAGUUGGCACGAAAUUGGAUUCUACGAUAUUCCGGCCUUUAUAAAUUUCAUUCUUGAUUACACUAAACAACCCAAUCUCCACUACAUUGGCCAUUCGCAGGGCUCCACGGUUUUCUUCGUUAUGACUAGUUUGCUGCCCCAUUUCAAUGAUAAAGUCAAAUCAAUGCAAGCACUCGCUCCUGCGGUCUUCAUGUCCAACGUAAAGAGUCCUUUGAUAAGGAUUCUAGCACGAUUUGUCAAUGUGCUCACAUUAACGUGGGAUGUCUUUCAGCUAGAACAAGUCGUAGCUGGAGAUAAUCUCUUCAACAAAAUCGCAAAAGUCUUGUGCCAAGCAAAUGAUUUUUCAUUGGAAAUAUGUUCGAAUAUUAUGUGUUUCCUGGGUGGGUGCAAUGUUGACCGCAUAAGUGAGCCAAUUAUUCCUCUUGUUCUCAAACUCAGCCCAGCUCCAGCAUCAGUCUAUCAGAUCUUCCAUUUUGCCCAGGAAAUGAAUUCUAAGCGAUUCUGCCAGUAUGAUUACGGGAAGAAGAAGAAUUUGCAAAUGUAUGGCGAUACUAGGCCACCAAGUUACAAUUUAACUAACGUGAAGGUUCCUGUUACAUUAUACGUAGGGGCCAAUGAUUUACUAAUUUCCAUUAAGGAUGUCGAAACUUUGGGGGCAAAUUUGAGUGGUUUGGAAGAAAUUAUUGUAGUUCCUAAUAAAAAUUUUGGCCAUAUGGAUUUCUGCUGGGGCGGAGAGGCUCGUAAUUUAGUUUACAAAUCCCUCAUAAAUUCCAUAAGGAAACAUAGUGUUUAACCCAAGAAUACAC